AUGCAAAAACGAUUAAUGGCUUUUUUUACUUUAUUGGUUCUAUUAAUCUCUCUUUUCACACCUACUUUCGCUGAAAUUAAAUCACACGGAAUAACGUUUAAUAAAAGAUUAAAUGAACCUGGGCAAUGCGUUGGAAAUUUAACUCGAAGAAAUCAUCCUACAAACAAUCCUUUAGGUUGUUAUAUUUUAAACGCGACCUUAGCAGAUAGUCUCGAUAUUAAAGAAUAUAGAGAUCAGGAUGGAAAUUUAAUGGACCCCGGUUUAUGUAUUAUUCAUUGUGCGGACUAUUUUUAUAAUUUUGCAGCCCUUACAAAUUCCAACACAUGUAGAUGUGGUAACAAAACUGGUUUAGACGCAUAUACUAAAUUAACUGAUAGCACAUUAAUUAAUCAAAAUUGUAAUCUAACGUGCGUUGGUAAUUCAAGCUAUAUAUGUGGUGGGAAAAAUAGCUUUACAGUUUACAACGUCUUAAAUAGUAUUCCAAGUUACACAGUACCUAAUAAUAUGAGUAUUAAUCAAAAGUCUGAAAUAAUUAAUAAUCUUAGUAAAGACUCUCGAUACCUAGGAUGUUUUAAAGAAAGCCAAUACUGUAAUCAAAGAGUUUUAAAUGGUACUUCACGUGAUCUUUUUAAUAUGACAGUUUCAAAUUGCUUGGGUUUUUGUUGGAAUAAUGGUUUCGCAUACGCGGGACUUGAGAUAGGAAGUCAAUGUUUCUGCGCCAAUAAUUUUGAUAGUAUAAGCAGAUUAUCAAUCGAAGAUUGUAGUUCUAGUUGUGUAGGCAAUAGUUCAGAAAUCUGUGGUGGUCCUCUGGUUCUUAGUAUAUAUAAUUCUUCUUAUUAUAAUGCAAACAGUAAUAAUACCAAUUUAAGUAUAGGAGGUAUUGUUGGAAUUGUUUGUCAUGAUGAACCUAUUCAACAUCUUAACGGAGAAAAGCCAGAAAAGCCGAUAUAA